AUGUUUUUUUAUUUACUAGCAGGCCUUGCUUGCCUUCUGGCUCUCUAUAACCCGCUCAGCCACUUGUGUCUCUCGCGUGGUGAGCCCGCGCGUCUGCCUCGGACCCCUCGGCCACGCAUCAACGAGUCCCUGCUCGCCCUCGACGGCCCGGGCGAGCCGGCCCCUAUCUGCCCUCCCGAUGCCUACUCGGUGCACAUCCUCUCCAAGGCCCCGCUCGUCGUCUACAUUGAGAAUUUCAUCUCGGAAGACGAGCGCGCGCAUCUGCUGGAGAUUAGCGAGCCCUUGUUUGAGCCCUCGACCAUCACCAACGACGGCGCCUCGACGCGCCAGGACGCCCUGGUCCGCGACUCCGAGGUCGCGCUGCUCCCGCGCACCGAGACCGUGCGGUGCAUCGAGCAGCGCGCCCUCGGCUUCCAGGGCUGGCGCGACGAUCUGUGGCUUGAGCGUCUGCGGACGCAGCGGUAUGGGGCUCGUCAGCAUUAUUCCCACCACUUCGACUGGGGCUCCGGCGCGCGCGGCUGGGGCCGCGCGAGCUCCGUGAUGGCCUGGGUGGCUGCCUCGGACGACCUCGAGGGCGGCGGCACGGCGUUCCCGCGCCUGCAGCGCAGCGGACCCGACGACCCCUGGUGUCGCUGGGUCGAGUGCGCCGGACCAACAGAAGUUGACUGCGACCACGGCUUCGAGAACGGCGUCUGGAAGAAGGACGGCGAGCCGCUGAUGGGCGUCACGUUCAGGCCCGUGGCUGGUAAUGUUGUGUUCUGGGAGAACUUCCGCCCGGAUGGCACGGGGAGGGGCUGGGACGAGACGUGGCAUGCGGGAUUGCCGGUCACGAGGGGGACGAAGGUUGGGUUGAAUAUCUGGAGUUGGGGCAGGUUGAGUUGA